UGGUGUGACGUAUAAUCUAGUGGACGGAACGCUUCUUUCAACAUCAGCAACAGUUAGUCAGACACCUCGGUAGCUAGCUAGACAAAAUAGCCGAACCAAUAAAGCUCUUUAGAUGCUUUCGUGAAUAUUAACCACUGUGUUUUAAACCCUCUUCUGUUGUAUAGUUAGUUAUCCGAUUUAAUAUCAUAUUUACGGUGUUGUUAUUAGUCAGCUAGCGGGCUGGUUAAGUUAGCAUUAGCAUAGCUAGCUAACAUUCCCGACCAUGAGCUCACUAAACUACUCUCGUCCUGCAAAAGAAGAGGACGUCUGCUGGACGGAGAAAGAGGGUCUGUGGCUAAACGUUGUCGUGAAAGAGGAGGAAGAGGAUGUCACAAUACAAAAACAAGUAGAGGGUGAGGAUGUUAAAGUGAAAGAAGAAGAGAAAGACGUUUCAGUGAAAGAAGAGGAAGACGCAUUCAGAGUGAAAGAAGAGGAUGUUACAGUAAAAGAAGAGGAGGAAGAGAAAGAGGAGGAAGCCGUUUUUGGAGUGGAGGAGGGGGAGAUGACUGUCACAUUGGAAGAAGAAUAUGAAGAGGAGGACACUGGAUAUCUGGGCUCGGUUUCCCAAAGGCAUGUUAAGGCAUUCUAUGGUUCUAACGAUGAGCUGGCCCUGGUUAACACUAGAGAGAGACGGGACUAUCGUGGAACCUCUGGGGAGCCUCAACAACCUCAUGAUGCUGACGAGGCAGAGAAGAGUCUCUCCAGAUCAGAACACCUCAAGAAACACCAGCGGAGAUCCACAGGGAAGAGAACUCACUGCUGCUCUGACUGUGGGAAGAGAUUCACCUCCUCAUCAGGCAUUAAAAUUCAUCAGAGAAUCCACACCGGAGAGAAAUCUUACGGCUGUGAUCAAUGUGGGAAGAGUUUUGUAAAAUAUAGACAUCUGAAGAUACACCAGAGAACACACACAGGAGAGAAAUCAUAUAGCUGUGAUCAAUGUGGGAAGAGUUUUACUCAGCUAAGCAGCCUGAUAUCACACCAGAGAACACACACAGGUGAGAAACCUUAUAGCUGUACUCAAUGUGGGAAGAGUUUUACUCAACUAGGCAUCCUGAUAUCACACCAGAGAACUGUCGUGACGUUGCAUUAGUUAAUGUGACAACUGUUGCUCAUUGAAUGAUUAAAUGUUUCUAAUUGUGUGAUUAAAUGAAUCAAGCGAUUAUUAACUCAUUAACCUGGGGGCACCAUGGGAAAAUUAGUUUUAUUGAGUUUCUAUUUCCCAAAUUAACUCAAAGAACAUCAGAAUAUUGAUUUUACAACAGUCGCUAAUUAAUCAGUUUCCUUUACAAUCUCAUUCUGAACGUUGUACAAUCCGGGAAUCUGCACGGACCCGGGUCUCACCAAUGAGUUCGUACCACACCAAUCUUAGUUGAGUAUUUAUUUACUAGAAAGCUAAAAUGAUGAUAAAAGAUACACAUACACCAAAAACACAUUCUAGGUUAUUGAUUAGAACUUAGUAUAAUGGGCCAACACACUAUGGCGCGUGUUACCCAAAAUGGGGAUUUAAAAGAGAGAGAAAAAGAGAAAGUACACAAGAGAAAUAUACAUUUGGGUGCAUUUGUCAGCUGUGCUUAUUUUAACCCUAGCCUUGCCCCAAACUGCCGCUCUUAUGGAUCAGAAUAUAAAGAGAAAGUACACGAGAGAAAUAUACAUUUGGGUGCAUUUGUCAGCUGUGCUUAUUUUAACCCUAGCCUUGCCCCAAACUGCCGCUCUUAUGGAUCAGAAUAUAAUGUAAUUACCUGUGGGGGGUCUCAGAUGCGAAGCUCCGCGUGGGUCGUUUAGGCUUCUCAAUGACGCACUUCUCCGGCGCAACUCUCUGGUCGUCCUCACGAUGUCAGUGUCCAUUUGGUCUGAUUCCUCGCCCUUGCUCUGGGAGGAGUCUUCAGAUCUGUAGCUCAGGGCUCACAGCAUAGGAGUGAAACAGUGUAGAUACCACGAUUUGAUGGAGAGUGGAGGUUAGGUGGUCCGGCUUGAAUUCACCCGCUGAGACACAGCUACUCAUCAGUAGCAUGGGUAGAAAAAUAUGUCUUUGUCUUCAACCUUGGGUUGAGUUUUGGGUUCGUUGACUUUUUAGACCUUGGCUGCAGCUUGGGUCACUUAGUCUGAUCUGUUCAUUCUGCCUCACAGGUCUUAUACCCUCGGGUCAGAAGUGGGCGUAACCGCCUUUAGGGCUAUUCUCUGGGCGUACCAAGUCAAGAGGCAUGGUCUAGAUUUUACUCAAAUCCAAUUUUAGACAACUAACUUCACAUUUCGUCUUUACCAAAACAUUCUCUUUGAUUUGGACAUUUUCCACACAACGUCCAAUGUAUAAACAUCAAGAGUAUCCUAGGAAAACUCUUACAGUUACAAUGUUUUUGUAAUAACGUAAUCUACUAACCUAUAAUAACAAAACAAAAAUGACAUAUUUCCAUAUUCCAUCUAUCGUCAUGACCACCAUUGUGGCUGACGGAAAUCAUUGUUCCAAAGUCUUUUUAUUGCAUUUUUAAUGUUCUGCGGCUGGUUCUCCAUAGUGAGAGGACAAAGGAAUGUUGUCUGUGGCCUAAGAUUUACCAUCGGUGUGAGGGGUCAUAAAACCCCCACAUCUUCAGACCCCUAGAUCUCUCCUCCUCUGUUGGGGGUGUGAGAGAAACUGUAUGGUUGUGGUCUCCUGUAACCUGACCACACCAGAGAACACACACAGGAGCGAAAUCCUAUCCUUUAAUCCUUUAGCUGUGAUCAAUGUGGGAAGAGUUUUGUUCAAUCUAGCCAUCUGAAGAUACACCAGAGAACACACACAGGAGAGAAACCUUUUUUGCUGUACUCAAUGUGGGAAGAGUUUUGUUCAAUCUGGUGAUCUGACAGUACACCAGAGAACACACACAGGAGAGAAAUCGUAUAGCUCUAAUCAAUGUGGUAAGAGUUUUGUUUCAUCUACGGGUCUGACAGUACACCAGCAAAUCGUAUGGCUCUAAUCUAUGUGGGAAGAGUUUUAUUCAGUCAAACAGCCUGGUACAACAACAGAGAACACAUACAGGAGAGAAAUAUCUUAGCUGUGACCAGAGAUAAUCUGAUAAAAGAUCACAGAUCAAAUAUCAGAAAGUACAUACAUGAAGGAGUUGUUUCAUGAUAUCAAUGAAUUCAUGUCACAAUGUAAAAUGUUUUAACAUUGUAGAAGGAGUAUUUUAAUAAUGUCACAAUGUUGAAGCCUAAAUGUUUGCCCCUUUAUCAAUUGAUUUCAACAUGAUAUGGAUAUUAGCCUCAGGGGAAAAUCCAGACUCUGAUUCGAUAGUUGUGUUGUGUUACACUUACCACGUUGGUGACCCACUGGAAUCAAAAUGUAACACUUCAAAAUGUAGCGAGCUGUUUUCUACAAAUUGUCCUCUAACCAGUGAUGUUUACAUUAUUCCCAGAUUCCGUGUAGUUUUUGAGCUGUUAGUUUUAACAGGACGUGCAACCUCAUCUCCCUCCUUUUGCACAGUUGAUUUCAAUAUGAUAUCGAUGAGUGAUGACAAAUAAGUGUUGUGUUCCUUUGUUUAGUGAUCCCUAAAUUGAAAUGCAUCACACCAAAAUGUAGCUGACUGUCUUCUGCAGGUUCUCCUCUAACCAGUGAGGUUAAAGAUAUCUCCCAUUUCCAUGUGUUUUUUUUUAGUUGUGUUAAUUUCAAGAACACAUACAACCUAAUCAAAAUCAUGGAUUUAUUGCUACUUGUCAAAGCAACAGUGUUUUUGGUGCUUGUGCAGUUUAUACGGUGCUUGUUUAAAAAAAUACAAGUAAUAUGAUUAUUGUGGCAGAUGUUUGUGUACAUAGUACAUUUUAUGUUUAAGUUUUCAAUUCAUCCCAAACUGUUUCUGCAUAUUGGUUAUUGAUUUGGACACGUUAACACUGUGUUUUGACAUUGCGCUAUCCCACCUAGCAAAAUGUAAUUGAAAAAGUGUUGAAAAGAAGACUAUGCCUGAUGUCCAAUAUGUGUUCGGUUGAAAAUAUGUAUUUUCUGGUAGUUUUUUCAGUGACUUGAAAAUAAUUUCAACUUACUUGCAGGUAGCCUAGUGGUUAGUGCGUUGGGCCGUCAUUGUAAGCCAGAAGUUGUUCUUAACUGACUUAUUUACAAUGAUGAUCUACCGGGGAACAGUGGGUUAACUGCCUUGUUCAGGUGCAGAAUGACAGAUUUUUACCUUGUCAGCUCGGGAUUCAAUCCAGCAACCUUUCGGUUCCUGUUAAAUAAAGGUUAAAAUAAAUAAAUACACAUGGAUGCAGUAUAAUGAAUUGGUCUAUAAUCAAUUUUAUUAACCAUCUUUCAUCAUUCAAGUAUUUCUUGACAACAUUCAAGUGCUAAUUGUCUUUAUUCCACUACUGAAGAAGCAUGACUCAAAUCACCUCAUAUUUCAAACAUUCAGCCUGACAAAAGAUACAUGUUUUAUUAAUCCAUGCCUCACCAUUAAGUUAAUUAUUGCCAACACAUAUUAACAAAGGGGUGUAUAUUUGGUUUUGAUAAUUCAUAUUUACAGUUCAUGUAACAUUUAGUCAUUAUUUGUGCAACCAACUGACAAUUUUUGGGUACAAUUAUAUUGACAUUGUUGCCCUGCUUUUAGAAUAUCAGGGUUCAUUCUCAGAUGUACCAACCCAAAUGUACUAGAGCAUGACAUUGGGGACUGGGCCCAGAUCCAACAACAUGCCUAUCGAGUGAAUCCUAAAAAGAGAGAGAGAAGUUCUGCAGUGAUGUGGAAAGUUACUACGGAUAUUGCAGGAGUUUCCUCUUGAAAUCAGACAUGUCCGUGGUAAGGACAACUUGGUUGCUGAUUGUCUCAAGGGUAGGCAGUUAAAAAUAUUUGUGUUUUGCAUUUAGCCAGUGGGUUGCCAUGGAUCACAAUUUAUUUUGACUGCAUGUUUUUCUGUAUUGGAGAUGAGUUUUGUUUGGGCUCCUUCCAAGGGGACGAGAGAAACAGAAGCUAGUGAGUUUUUAGGAAGAGGAGAGUUCUGGAAGCUAGUGAGUUUUAGGAAGAGGAGAGUUCUGGAAGCUAGUGAGUUUUAGGAAGAGGAGAGUUCUAGAAGCUCGUGGGGGAAUUUUUUUUCUUCAUGUUUUUAAUUUUUGACAGCCAGUUUAUAGUUGAUUAUAAUGUGAAAUAGAAAAAUAUAGGAUAUAUUUGUUGUCCUAAGGGGGAAGGUGUUACAGGCUUUGGUUUUUAGCACGUAGGACACACUGAUUGGUGUCACCUCGUUAGUCAGUAUGUGUUACACCUGUGCUGGCUUGUCCAUCUCGUUAGUGGGAAGGUGUUUCACCUGAGCUGGUCCAGGUUCUAUUUAAGAGUGUCUGGCCCAGUGCUCCAGUUGUUUUGAUAGAUAUGGAGAGUCAACACCUUUUUGGUUUUCUUCCUGUCUUUAAGUUUGGUGUGGGUUUUUCUUUUGUUUGACUCUUCUUGGGCAGAUUUGGUGGGUGUCUUUUAUGUCCCAGUUGUUGUUACUAGUUAACUUUCAGUGUACACCCCCAUAGUGUCUUUCAGAACCCCUCCUAAAACCACACCUGUAGUUUUGGUUGUUGUCAAUGACUCUUUGUUAGAUCCCUCUUCUAUGUAAGGGACAUUUUUGGUUUUCUUGCUGAGAAACACAAACAAUGGAGUUAAAACAAGCUUCAAGAUUGCAUCCAAUUCUUACUAUUUUAAUCGAUGGUAUUUCCAAAGAAUGCUCAGUCUUUCAGUUGUUAAUCUUGUUUUUUUAUCCACUUAUGUUUGAUUGGUAAAUAAUUGUUUAUUUUCAUUUUUUCCUGUGAAGCCAUUGCAUUGCAUCCAUGUAUGAAAUGUGCUGUAUAAAUAAAGCUUGUUUUGAUAACAUAUUACAAAACAAAUUAACCCAA